AUUCAUUCUAUUUACAACAGCUGCAAAAAGAUAUGACCAUUAAUGUAUUGCGAUCUAAUAAAACCUGGGGAUCGUAUAGACAUUUAAGAUUACCACAACCGGAAGUUAAACCUGUAUCUAGCGCUCAUGUCUGCCAAACGAUUCGUGGUGAUCUAAGCACAUUUCGUUGGAUAGAAAACAAUCGAUGCGUCGAAUGUCCACAUGAAGAUUUAGUAUAUGUGGUUUAUUCAUCACUCAAUUUCAAAGAUGUAAUGCUUGCGACUGGCAAAUUAGUAUUUAAUCACUUGAUUUCGCAAGGGCGGAU